AUAGCAAAAUUCAAUGAUAAUUGGUGUAUGUGUUUUAAAAAUUGGUUAUUUUUACGUGAAAAAAAUCAAGAUUUCGACUCUCGAAGAAUUUCUAUUAUUUAGUCAUUUUAUUUAUUCUGCAUUACAUAACAAUGUAUUUUGUUGCACUUCAUCGUCUAUGGAAAUUUCCAUUCCAAAAUUAGGUGUAGCCCGACGAUAUGACUCAUACGACGCCAUAAAAAAAAUGUGAACAGCGAUAGUGUAAAAAAAUCACAAUCCGUUGCGUCGUUGUCGUUUCGUGAUAACUCAAGCGGAGUUGACGACGCAAGAAAUCAUACUAAUACACGAGUAACCUGCGACACACAAACACGGGACCCGUAUAUACAUCGAUCGUUUGCUAUAUUCGAAAUUCGUUCAGUCAAAAAGUGAUCUAUUUGAAAAGAAUCAUUCUGUUUUAUAUUUAAAAAAAAAAAUAUUUUUGAAUCUAGAAAAAAAGUGUUCAGUUUAUAAGUGAAUUUGAAUUGUGAUUUAUGGUGAAUUUAAAGAAAAAAUCUGUGAUCAAAGCCGAAAAAAGACAAAUUCAAAGUGGCAAGCACGUACCGCUGGUAAACAAGUGGUUAAAGCCCUUUGAAAAGUUUCGAAAAAAUCUAUUCGCCAACAGAUGGCGGAACCUUGGCAAAGAUUGAAAAUGAAAGGUUUUACCUACCGAUCGAAAAAAGCUGGCAUCGUUUGCCUUUUUUUACACUUUGACGGCAUUUGAUGUUCGUUGAAUUCGAUUUUAUGCCGGUUGUUUAAUUCAAACGUCUUUGAUGCGCAGUGAUCACGAUAGACGAUGACAAAUUUCUUUGAUCAGAAAUAGAACUUGUGCGUAAAAAAUCAAUCAGAUCAAAUUGAUGAAAUUCUGUGUUCAAUGAACUCAAUUGAUCGAAAAUGUAUUUAUUUAAGAUCCAAGGUAAAAUGUGUAAUGUGUAAUUGAAAAUGUCUUAACCGCGGUCGUAAAAUGUAACAGACACGUUUCGAUUGAGAAAAACGAUGCGAAUGUAACAAAAUCCAUUUAAUCUGCUCAAAACUUCCAUUCUACGAAAACAAUAAGAGAAAAUGAGUCAGAAUAAUGAAAAAAGAAUCGAAUCGUAACCGCGGUCAAUUGUUAUCGAAUUUCGAACAAUAACCAGACAACGACUUGUGAACUCGUGUAUGGAAAGAGUGUGAUAUUUAUUUUUAUAUGAGGCAUGUUUAUCUGUUCCCUUGUAUACAUCAUGUGUUUAAAAAAAAUGGUGUAACAAGUAAACGUGCGCCCGUGCGAUGCGCGAGCCUCAAAAAAAAAAUCCGGCGCAUCGCGCAAAAAGUGUUCGUCAACAGCAUAUUCAAAAGUUCAAUCAUGAUGAGUAACGAAUGAACCGCGAACGAAAAAAACAUGUACAAACGGCGACUUGAAAGCAUGCAAAGAAUGCCAUAAAGAUAGUUCGAGCGUUUUAUUUUGAUCUGGCGCGGUUGAUCGGUUCUCGAUAUGUAUACGUUAAUCAAGGCAAACAAGAAGAAGAAGCAGAAACCGAUAGAUGUGAAAUUACGCGAGAGAAAAAAAAGGGAGUCCGGAUUGGAAAUACACAAAACCGAGACAGACGAGUGAGAGAACCAUAACGAGAUCAUAAUCUCGGCAGCGGAACCAAAAAUGAAUAUAAAAUGGAACAGACACGAUCGGUUGUUGCGGUGCAUAAGUUCGGCCUUAAAACGAAACGGUACCCGAUCAUUUCGUUUCAAUCGAGGAUUUGGAUUAAAACGAUUUGUGCGCAUCUGGCUAGUUUCUGCUCGAUUUCCAUUAAAACGAGAGACAAACGCAACGGAGAGAUAAUCGUUAAAAUUAUUGCUGCAAAUUUUUGCGAGUUGCAUCAAUCAUUUUCAUUAUCGUGCUGUUUUUUCUUGUUUCGCCAAAUAAAAGUGAUUAAGUGCUGUGUUUUUUUUUUUCGGGUGAAAUUUUAUUACGGCCAAAUAUGAUUGAUGAACGACGGUCCGUGUCUGAAUAGUGUGGAAAAAUGUGUGAAAAACUUAAAACACAUCAAUCGAUCAGUGACGUAAAAAGAAUGCACGAUACAAACAUAUUACUGUUUGUUUAGCUGUGAAAUGCAUUUUGAUGAAUAAAAUCUUCUUUGAAUUUAAAAUAGCGAUUUUAUUUUGGUUUCACGUGUUUGCAAUACUAUCGACCACGGCCAAAUUUUUUUUGUGACAAGUGCAGCCGAACGAAAAAGCAGUUGAAUCAUGUUACGAGAACGCCGAAAACAUGCCAACUUUAAACCCAAUCGAAAAUUGGACCGAAAAUCAUCGCGUGGCAUGAUAUACGAGAAUGAAGAGCUUAGACUACGCACAAUAAAUAUCAAUGCAGAAGUCGAGAGAGGACAGUCGGAUAUAAAGAAACUUCUUCGAGAGAAUUAUCGAUUGCGAACGGAAAACUGGACACUACGUGACGAGUAUGAUCGUUUGGAUAAAUUAUUGAAGAACAAAAGCCAACCGAACGGCCAUUCAAACAGAAACGCUUCACACGAUUUUCAUGAUCCAAAACUUGGGUGUGACUACAAUGAUUCAUAUCGAUGUUGCGGCUGCCUUGUUGACGAUGACAAUGUUUCCUGUGAUAUGUGCAAUAAUAACGAGCAUUGUGUAAAAGAAUUUGACGACCAAAAGCCGGCCACAUCAAUGAAUGGUGACAAAACACACAAUGGAUAUGGUGUGAUAAAAUCGAAUAAAACUGGUCCAGCUUUAAUGCCAACGCCAAUACGAAAUGACAAAAUCAAUAUGAAUUUCGAUCAUUUGUCCGUCGUUUCGGAGGAAUGUUUAUCGAAUAGUGAUGAUCAAACGAAUCAAAAUUGUAAAACAGACAACGAACCAAAUGAAAUCGCUCAAGAUCCGAUAUACACUAAUUUUCAAUCGACAGUCCCACCAUUGCAACACUUUGAAAAUUUAUCGUAUAAAGACAUUGGACCGAAUAUUGAUUCCUCUGGUGAAAUCCAAUUUGACGGUGAAAUGUAUCAAGCGAACGAACCAACUCCACCUCCCCCAUCGCCUCCUCUGCCGUCUGCACCUCCUAUUAACAGACGAAGUACCUCUUUACCCCUUCCACCACCGCCAACAUUGACCGAAGAAGGACAUAUCGUUCAAGAUGAAGUGAUCAAUGAAAUAGAUAAACCAAUGCCAAAGUAUUUCUUUGCGCCAUUGAAAAGCAAACGAAAAGCUUCAAUGUGCUCGGAACUACGACCAGAUGUUUUUGUCAAUAACAUUGUACCGUCCGAUGGAAAUCGAGUGGCAACCAUUCGAAAACCACAUAAUCCACUCAAGUAUCCAAGUAAUUUGAAUGCAGCCAGCGUUGAUUCGGAGACGCUCGCUCUCAAAGAUGUUCAAGACAUAUCCAAAGGUAUCGAAACGAUGCAAAUGCAAACGAAUGCUGUUUAUGAGAAUGUGACGAGUAGUGACUCUGAUCAAACGCCUCCCUAUCGCACAGAAAUGAGCUUGGUUCUAUCAUACAGCGGAAACAAGUCGAAAUAUUCAACGACGAAAAAUUCGGAUAAAAAACCUGACUCUGACAAUGAUGCAUCGCCGACAAAUGUUCCACAGGCGAUGAAGCUUCUUCCGAAUAAAUUGACAUACACAAAUGAAAUGUUGAAACAAAUGCCAACGAAUUCACAAAGCACCAACAAUUUACAAGAAGUCUUGAACACUGAAAACUCAGCAAAUGAAGAGAUUCUCUUAAAAUCUCAAGGAAAUCACGUGGCAUGUUCGAAAACAAAUGAAAAAAAAUCGAAUGGAAACAAACACAUUAAAGAAGAGAGAAAUAUUGUUGGAGACGCCAGAGUGAAUGUAGACAGUGUCCUUUCGAACGGAAGUAAAGAAUCGACGUCAAAAUCAAAACAGAGAAAUUCAAAUGAUUCACAGGAAUCGAAAGAGACCGGUACAAGUUCAAAGAAUUCCCAUGAAAAUAUAAAAGAUGCGCCACGUGUAUCGAUUCAAUUCAAUGGAAAACCAAUAACCGAUCAACUUGAUGCAACUGAGCCACAUUCCAAUGAUGCUGAUUUAAAUUCAACCGAUUUAACUGAAGACGAAUUACUUGCAAUACCGCCAAUGUCAUAUCUUCGGUCGCGUCGAACAUCGUGCAGUCGAAAAGUCGAUGAAAUUGGAACAUUUUUAUAUCCGCCAAAUCCAUUUGCAUUCAGUUCGCAUAAGCGCGGUCGACGAUCAUCGUUUUUAUCGCGAAGACAUUCAGAUGGUAUCAUAGCAACACGACCCACUCAAUAUCAUUUGGAUUAUGCAUUGAUGGCAAAACCGUCCAAUCGAUGCCAUUGUCAUCGCGGUCAAAUGCAAAAUAACCAUUUGGGUGUCGAUGGUUAUUGCGGUGAUUUUUGCAAUGGUGGAAUGCAUUUGGGCGGAUCAAGCGGUUCAUCUAUUGGUAAUAAUUUGAAUUCAUCACGUGAAUCACUUGGAAAUAUCAGCCAACAGUCAACGUCACGACGAAAAAUCUCAAUCACAUCACAUUCAAAAUCGGGCGGAAAAAUACCGUGGUGUGCAUGCUGGGGAAAUGGUUGCAUCUGAACGUGAUUUUUUAUGCUAUUUUGUUAAAUAUAUAAUAAAAUUGAUUUUAAGCGAAUAUCUAAUCAUCCAUCUAAUGGAUUUGUUGUAUGAAAUUCUAUAUGUGACACUGGUUUUCGGAAAAGUGACACAUUUUGAAUGUGAAAUAAAACAAAGUGAAUAUGUUACGAUUUUCA